AUGGAAAAACAAAACAAAACGACGAUAAUAGUAGUAUGUGGACCGUCAGAAGACGAAAGAACAGAGACAAAAGAUGAAUUCUGGAAAAAAUUGGCCGAAACGAUAGAAGAGGUAAGAGGAAGAUUAAUUAUAAUUAUAAUAGGAGACUUAAAUGGAAGGGUCGGGAAAGCAGACGAAGAGUCAGGAGAAACAAUAGGAGCACACGGUGAAACUAUCCGAAACAAUAAUGGUAAAAGACUGAUUGAUUUUUGUCUAAUGAAUAAUUUGAUUAUAACCAAUACAUUCUUUCAACACAAGGAAAUACAUAAGAUAACAAGAGAAGUAACAAGAGAAGUAGCAAACAGGGGAGAAAGGUCCAUAAUAGACUACGUAAUAAUAGGCAAGGACUUCAGGAAAGAAGUACAGGAUACGAGGGUAAGAAGAGGGGCCAAAUUAUUCACAGACCACUACCUGGUAAUGACAAAAGUAAAAAUAAAAAAUUGCCGAGACGCUGAACAAAAAAAGAAGCAAAGUGAAAAGGAAGUUAUACAAACAUAUAAACUAAGACAAAAAGAAUGUACAGAAAGAUACAGAGAAAAAAUAGAGAUAGAAAUGGCAAAAAUUAAAGAAAAUACCAAUAUAAAUACCUUAGAAGAGCAAUGGAAGAUAUUCAAAGAAACAAUAAUCGAGACAGCGAGAAUAACAUGCGGAUUAACAAAAAUAAAUAAAGGUAAAAAGCAGACAAGAUGGUGGAGUGAAGAAAUAAAAGCAGAAAUAAAGACAAAAAAGAACAAAUGGAUCAAGUAUUUAAGCAAAAGAAACAAUGAGAACUAUAAUGCAUAUAAAACACAAAGAAUAAAGGUUAAAGAAUUGUUUAAAAAAGCAAAACAAAAUACAUGGGAAGAAUUUGGAGAGAAGAUGGAGCAAGAUAGCAAAGCGAGCAAAGAGGGUGGGAUGCAACUCUGCAUCUGGAGCAUGAAGUGA